GGAAAAAGGAGACUUGGACACAUUUGAAUCUUCACAAAAAAAAACCCACAUAUAUUUUCCCCUAAUUAAAAAGGAAACUCUUUAAAUAAGAAAGUGAAUAAAACCUGACGACUAUAAGAACCAAGAAGACUCCCAUAAUUAAUCAAGCAACCCAGUUUCUUUAUUUUCUUCUUUUCUUCUGCCAAAAGAGAAUGGCAAAACUCAAAUCUCUCAUAAUCGGAAAAGUCAAAGACAAAGCUUCAAUAUGCAAAGCCAGUUUGUUCUAUAGUUUCAGUUCGAAGUCGGUCAGAUAUAUUCACUUAGCCCUUUUGAAGUCAACACCUCAUACUUCUCAUAAACCACCCGAUAGCAACUACAUCUCCGACGUCGUCUCUUACUCCAAUGGUCGCCAUGCCCCGGUAGCUUUUGCGGCGGUUAUGUGGAGGUUACAAGUCACAAAGAAUGCUUUUGUGGCCAUCAAGUCUCUCAUAGUCUUCCACAUACUUAUCAAAUCAUCGAGAUACAAGUUUGAAGGACUUGAUCGCGGUAGAAACAGUCUGAAACUGAAUGAUUUCUCAGACAAAUCUUCUAAUCUCACAAUAGAAUUAUCACCAUGGAUCCUAUGGUAUGGACGAUAUUUGGAUAGUCUCUCGUGGAUUUUGAAGGUAGUAGGGUCUUUUCCAAAUUUAACGGAUAGCUCAAAAGAGAAAUCUAAAGAGAAAGAUUGUGUUUCGUCUUACCAAACCGGGUACAUAAUGAGACAGACCGACUCUCUUUUGACUUUCCUUGAGCAUAUAUGUACUAGACCGGAUACUCCACUUUUGUUCCAGAACAAGAUCGUGGACGAGAUCAGAGAUCUCGUGAUUCAAGACUACUUUACGGUUGUAAUAUUGGUUAUGAUACGGCUUCAAGUGUUGAAUGAAAGAUUGACUAAACCGGAACCGGUUGGUGAUUCCAGUUUGAACGAUUUAAGGUUGGUUUUGAUGAGACUUGAAGAAUGCAAGGAGAGUUUGAGAGGAUUUUUCUGGCGUUAUAGACGUUUGGCAGAAGAUUUCUGGUGUUUGGUUGAAACAUUGAAGGCCGAUAUGGUACAUAGCGAUAAGGAGAUGGUUAACUUAACCGGUUUGGUUCAGACAACGGUUAAGGACGAUGAGGAGAUGGUUGAACUAGCAAGUUCGGUUCAGACCGAAUGGGUAACAUUCGACGACUCUGAGAUAGCAAUGAGCGAGUUGUUAAAACGGGAGUCCGAGUGGGAAACUUUUGAUGACUAGGCUUUGACGAAUGAACCGGUCCAGUUCAUCCUCUAUACGUAAGGUUGAGAGCUGAUUGGCUCAGUUAGGUGAGAAAAUAUCCGGUUUACACUUGGGUUGGCGUUUCACUAGUUUUGAAUUUGGUUCGUCUUGGAAUGGGAUCUGUCUUUUUUUUUUAAUAAUAAUAAUGCUUACUUCAAAAAAAGACGAGUGUGUAUAAGUAAUUCCUCCCAGUUGUGGCCUUCGAUCAUUUAAAGAAUUCCACAAAGACGAAUGUGUUCAAAAAAUAAUAAUAAUAAUGCUUGCUUCUUCCUCCC